ACGACAUUAUUCCUCUCUUCUACAACGUCCAUCACAAUUACAGGCACAUGGUCAAUUAUGCAAAUUAGGCAAUGACGUAAUUUGGUGACUUUUAGGACAGCCAAUGGCUACUUUCCUUACUGAGGAGUUGGCAACACUGAAUUACUGAGACAGAGGGUUGCUGUUUCGCUUCCACUAACAGAGCCUAGUCUAUUCCUUACGUCUUCUCUGAACGAAAUGGACCACUAUUCUCAUAAUUGCUCUGAUGACUUGGAUACAUUUUGGGAUGAGUUGAGUAAUACAUGUGUGCCAUGUCAUCAACAUAAUCCGAUCCGACCAGGGUACGAAUUUAGUCCAAACUGUGGCAGGCAUGAUGAUGGGGGAAGAUCGGAAAUACCGUAUCGACCGUGUGUCGCCGCCCAGAGCUUCAAUAACGGGAGCUUCGUGAAAUGCCAACCCUGUUCUCGCUGCGCUCCAAAUCAUCAAAGGCUGUCCGAAUGCAGCGAAACGACAGACACGCAAUGCUGCGUAGCGAGGGACCAGACACGGUGUUGGAAAGGAGCCCUGAGUACCACGACUCAACAGGUCCAACGGUCAACAACAUUAAGGGUCCAAGUGUCAACAUCAAAUCCCACCACAGCCAAACACAUUGAUCCAAGAUUACAUGGUGAUUCUGUAACUUCACAUGUCAACCAUCAGACUGCAUGGAUAGUGCUUACCCUCAUCUUGGUUUUCUCUGUACUUGCAUUUCUCUUAUUCAUCUAUAUUAAGAAGAGAAGGAAAAGAUCAAGAGCUUUUUGCUUCAGAGAUGAGGAGAAUACCCACCAACGGUCACGGAGCAGUAAGACAACAGCAGCUGUCAAUGAAGAGGUUGCUCUGCUACAGUCAGAGACCAGGAGCCUAGAGGACAUUUUGAGUUCUGACCUCCAGUCUGCGCCACUGCAGACGGUUCUGGACAACCUGGAUGUUCUAGAGGAGCUUGUGAUCCUGCUGGACCCGGAGAGCCCUGGGGUGAAGAGCACCAGCCACCUAGCAUCUCGCUGCUCCUUCCCCGCCACCUGGAUUACCUACACCUACUCCCUGAGGGAGAGCAAGAGCCCCCUGAGGGCCGUGCUGGAGGGGGUCACCACCAAACACCCAGAGUGGACUGUAGGACACCUGGCCAGGUUGCUGAGAGAGAUGGACCGGAACGACGCAGUGGUGGUGCUCAGCUUGCUUAAGGUUGUCUAGUCUGGGUGUGUUGGGUCCAGAAGAGAUGGCUCCAUCCUGAUACAACUGCGAGUCUCUACCCCCUGCCAACUCACAGAUAUGUGACUCGUUUCAGGAAACGAGGCGUAUGUCACGACUUCACAGGAGAGGCAUUUCCCUGGGGGACACCGAAGUCCCAAGGUAGUGAUUGGGGAACACUGCUCCUUUGCAUUAAGGUUCAAAAAAUAUAUCUAUCUUCGAUGACAUGGCACUUAAAGCAAGGAUGGUAAACCCUGUAUCCAGGCCAAGUUCCCAACCGUGGCCAACUAAUCAUUAUCAUCUUAUGUCAAAUGUAUUAUCACCAACCAAUGAUAUUGCUUUAUUUAUACAUUGCAUGUUAUAUAAAUGACAUUUCAGCAUUUAUUUGUUUCAAACUCUUUUCGAAUGACCAAGUCUGAUUUUUAGGCAUAUAACAUAAAAUAAAAGUGCAUAGAAAAAUUAAACAGGUUUAGAAAUAUGUAUACAAUUAUUUACAAACUCAGGGUUUAUUUGUACAAGUUCACACAUAUUUUCAUGUGUUUAACACUUUGUUAUACUUUAAAAUAACCCUACAGCUUUCUGAACCAGUUCAGAGAGAGAUCGUCAUGGUAACUUCAGGUUUCCAACUAGUGCUUUGCAUGUUUCAUCAAACACACAGGCCAGCUCUGCAGGACAUUAAAACCAAGUUACUCUUAUAUUGUCA